AAAUUUGCAGAUUUGUGGGGAUGGAAAGAAACGGUGUAAAAAUGCUAAACCUAGAGAAUUAGAGAAAGAUGGAGAGAGAGAGGAUGGAAUACUAGCACCACUGGGUCUCUGAAACUCUGAAGCACCAGCAGAUCAACCAAACCAAAACGGCUCAAACCUGAAGUGAAGAGAGAAGAGAGGAGCAAACCCUAGCUAGCUAUCUCACAAAACUUCGAGUACUAGAGAGUCCAAGAAAUAAUGUAUGGCCACUGCCAAGUAAUGUCAAGCAUGGCCAUGGGAGGUGGCAACGUGGUCAGCCCGGAAACCCUCUUCUCGUCGCCGAUCCAGAACCCUAACUUCAACUUCAUGCCUACCCAUCAUCAGCUGCCUUUCCAGCCUUUCUCUUCCAUCCUCAGUCCUCCUAAGGAAGAAAAUGGGGUUCUAAAGAUGAUGAAAGGAAAGGAAGAUCAGAUGAUGGAAAGCGGGUCCGGGAGCGAGCAAAUUGAGGAGAAAUCUGGCAACGAACAAGAAGCCGACAACCAACUGCAACCUCCCAAGAAGAAACGCUACCAUCGCCACACUGCUCAUCAGAUCCAAGAAAUGGAAAAUAUGUUUAAGGAGUGUCCGCACCCAGACGACAAGCAGAGGAUGAAACUGAGUCAAGAACUGGGGCUGAAGCCGCGUCAGGUCAAGUUCUGGUUCCAAAACCGGCGAACCCAGAUGAAGGCACAACAAGAUCGGUCUGAUAAUGCCAUGCUUAGAGCCGAAAAUGAGAACCUAAAGAAUGAGAAUUACCGGCUACAAGCAGCGCUGAGCAAUAUUAUGUGCCCCAAUUGUAAAGGUCCUGCUAUGAUUGCAGACAUUGGCUUAGAUGAACAACAUCUUCGCCUUGAGAAUGCUCGACUCAGAGAAGAGUUGGAACGAGUUUUCUGCCUGAAUUCUCAAUACACUAGUGGGCAGCAAAUCCAAACAAUGGCACCUGGAGCUCCACUAAUGCCGGCGUUCAACUUGGAUUUGGAUAUGAAUAUCUAUCCAAGGCAUUUCCAAGAGUACCCGAUGACUUCUUCCGCGGAAAUGAUUCCCAUGCCUCUGUUGCCACCACAUGUACCUUCUCACUACCCUGCUUCUGCUGGGAGUUGGGGUGGUGUCUUAUCAGAUGACGAAAAAUCACUUGCAGUAGAGCUUGCGGUAUCCUCAGUUGCCGAGCUUAUUAAGAUGUGCCGGGCUGGUGAGCCUCUUUGGAGCCGGAACAAUGAGAACGGGAAGGAAGUGUUAAAUGUUGAAGAACAUGCCCGCAUAUUCCCGCCAUGGCCUUUGAACCUCAAGCAGCAGCCAAGUGAUCAGUGCAGGACGGAAGCUACUCGCGAUAGUGUUGUGGUUAUCAUGAAUAGCAUUAAUCUUGUAGAUGCCUUCCUUGAUGCUAAUAAGUGGAUGGAAUUAUUUCCUUCUAUAGUUUCAAGAGCUAAAACUGUUCAAGUUAUUUCAGCAGAUCCUUCAGGUCAAGCAAACGGUUCCCUUCAGCUGAUGUAUGCGGAAUUGCAAGUUGUUUCUCCUCUGGUGCCAACCCGAGAAACUCAUUUUCUACGUUAUUGUCAACAAAAUGAAGAGGAGGGAAGCUGGGCAAUUGUUGAUUUUCCCAUAGAUAGCUUCCAUGACAACCUUCAAUCAUCUUUUCCCAGGUACAAGAGAUGGCCAUCCGGCUGUCUUAUCCAAGAUAUGCCCAACGGAUACUCAAGGGUUACAUGGAUAGAACAUGCAGAGAUAGAGGAGAAGCCUGUACACCAAAUAUUCAGUCACUAUGUCUACAGUGGGAUGGCAUUUGGGGCGCAACGAUGGCUUGCAGUCUUACAAAGGCAAUGCGAAAGGGUUGCAAGUCUCAUGGCCAGAAAUAUAUCAGACCUCGGAGUGAUACCUUCACCCGAAGCACGCAAGAACAUGAUGAACUUGGCUCAGAGAAUGAUAAGAACAUUUUGUGUAAGCAUGAGCACCUCCAAUGGGCAGUCGUGGACGGCUAUAUCUGAUUCCCCAGAUGACACCGUUAGAAUAACCACAAGGAAAGUCACAGAACCUGGUCAACCCAUUGGGGUCAUUCUCACUGCUGUUUCCACCACUUGGCUCCCUUAUUCGCACUACCGUGUCUUUGAACUCCUACGGGAUGAACGCCGCAGAGUUCAGCCUCCUGCAUUAUGCCAGCAGCUUGAUGUUCUUACCAAUGGGAAUUCCCUACAUGAAGUGGCUCACAUUGCCAAUGGCUCUCAUCCUGGAAACUGCAUUUCUCUUCUUCGUAUAAAUGUAUCGAGCAACUCAUCGCAGAACAUAGAGAUAAUGCUACAAGAGAGCUGCACUGAUGAGUCAGGCAGCCUGGUGGUGUAUGCAACCAUGGAUGUUGAUGGCAUCCAGUUGGCAAUGAGCGGAGAAGACCCAUCCUGCAUUCCCCUCCUUCCUCUAGGCUUUGUCAUUGUCCCAGUGCAGCCUAUCGAAUCUAGUGCUGCCACUGCAGUUGAUCAUGGAACCUCAUCGCCAGAUCAGAAUCAGGAAAACCGCAUCAUGAACUCGGGUUGUUUGCUGACUGUGGGGUUCCAAGUUCUUGCCAGCACAAGCCCAUCUGCGAAACUCAACCUCGCCAGUGUCACCGCGAUGAACAACCAUCUCUGCAACUCGGUGCAGCAGAUCAUUUCCGCCCUCGGUAGCAGCAACAUUUGCACCACCGUUACUACUGAUAAUGUCAGUGUUGGCGUUACUUCUGGCGGAUCUGACCAUCCCACUACCCCGCAGUAACAGCCAUUUACAUAUAGCUGCACCUAAAUCUCUCUUCCUUCUUCCCCAACCAGAGACAAAUCAUCUAGCAGUUUGGUCGUGUUUUGUAAUCAUGCAUGCAUACUAAAUUUAGGGUUUGCAAUCGGAAUUUGUUAUUCACACUAAAAAAAAGUCAUCCCGCAUUCCUUUUAUACCUUAAUUAGUGAUUCACUGAAUUUGAAUUACAAGAAGGAAUGCAGCAUGACUUUUUUAGAGCAUGAAUAACAACUUCCUCCUAGUUUAUAUUUGUUAGUCCAAGGGCAUUAGAGGUGUGUGGUAGUGGUCUUUUGGUAAAUAAGAGGGAGAUGCAUGGUGUAAGAAGUAGUGGAGUGGUGGGUGGUAGUUGUUAGGUUGUGGAUGUGGUGAUUGAGAGCGGGGAGUCAAGAGCGCACCAUGUACAAGUACCCUUGGUUUCUGGUGAGGUUCAAAAAGUAGGCAAAUUAAAGAGAAUGGGGCCUCACCAGUCAGCAAGGGUGGUGGUUCGGGUAUUGACUUCUCCCUGUGUGUCGCCUUUUCAGUCUUCUUUAUUUUGCGUCUUCUAUUUCUGGACUGACUUGUCUGUUGGCUUUUGUGUUUAUGAUAAGAAUUUAAUGCUUCUGAAUU